AUGUCCACGCAGUCAUACCGGGAGAAAGACCAGAAGAAGGAGCAAUUUGAAUCCACCCAGGGUAAAAUGCCCAGAGGGCCGAAGAACAAGGUCGGCCCUGCCUGUGUGGAGACCAGCAGCUCAGAUCUUGUUGCCCAGGUUCCCGCAGAAUCAAGCGACGGGUCUCCAUCUGGCCCCCUCCACAACAGCACAGAAGGUUCCUCCACUGCUGCUGCGGAUUCGAUCAUAGUUGAGAACCCCGGGAUGCCUUCCAAGGGCUGUGUGCAGACGAAAAGGCGUUCCGACCUCCUAGGCAGCCAGAGUUCUCCUGCAAACCUUAGAUGUGCAGUGGCCGAGACCAGCCAGGAUACUGUGCGCGAGGGCAGAAAAGCCACCAUGGGGAAACCCACAAGGGGCAUUGGCCAGAUCAGGGGGCAUCCGAACCAGAUCAAGAGCCCAGGGAACAACCGUGGCAAGAAGUACCCGUACCGCGGAGAGCCUGCCCAGAGUCAGAAGCCUCUAAGUCCUCUGUUAAGUUCUCAGGCUUCUAUGCGGAGUCAUACAUCCCGCCAAGCGCCUGCACUCGAAGGCCAGGCCGCACCAACAGGCCCUGCUCUUCGCAGCCGUGCAUCCAGGCCAGGCCCGGCCCUCCGCAGCCGUGCCACGCCGCCGGGCCCCGCUCUCCGCAGCCGCACAUCCAGGCCGGGCCCGGCUCGCCGCAGCCGCGCAUCCAGGCCGGGCCCCGCUCCCCGCAGCCGCGCAUCCAGGCGGGGCCCGGCCCUCCGCAGCCGCGCCACCCCGCCGGGCCCCUCUCUCCGCAGCCGCGCCACGCAGCCGGGUCCCGGUUUCCGCAGCCGCGCCACCCCGCCGGGCCCUGCUCUCGGCACCCGCGCAUCCAGGCCAGGCCUUGCCCUCCCGAGCCACGCCGCUCCCUCGGGCCCAGCUCUCCGCAGCCGCGCCACGCCGCCGGGCCCAGCUCUCCGCAGCCGCGCAUCCAGUCCAAAUCCUGCUCUCCGCAGCCGCGCCACGCCGCCGGGCCCGGCUCUCCGCAGCCGCGCAUCCAGUCCAAAUCCUGCUCUCCGCAGCCGCGCCACCCCGCCGGGCCCGGCUCUCCGCAGCCGCGCAUCCAGGCGAAGCCCUACUCUCUGCAGCCGCGCCACCCCGCCAGGCCGUGCUCGCAGGAGCCGAGCCACCACACCAGGUCCUGUUGUCCGUAGCCGUGCCAAGCAGCGAAGAUCAGCCCUCCGCAAGCGCCCCUCUCUGCCUGGGCCUACUGGCCGGAGUCUUGCUUCCACGCCCGGAAGCCUUGUCUUCGGGAGCCGCCCAAGUUCCCCUGAUCCGGAGGCUCCACGCCUUGCCUCCCAGCCAGGUCGUGCGCUCCGCAUGCGUGCCUCCUCACCCUCGCCUCCGGGCAGGUUUUUUUUUCCUUUCUUUGGGCAACGUGGUGAGAGUGUGUCCUCCUCCUCUCCUGGGUCUCCUAGCCAAGACCGCUCCUCCUCUCCCUCUGGGUUUUCUGACUGGAGCGCCUCUUCGUCUUCCCCUUCCCCUGGGUUUUUGGGCCUGAAUUCCAUCUCUACUCCUAGUCCUGCUAGCCUUAGGCGCGUCUUACUGCCUGAGCUUGAUUCCCUGAGCCCUGCUUUUCCAGCAGAGUAG